AUGACUAACAUACUUCUUGUUUCUGUUGCUUUGCUACAUUUUCUCCAACAAGGGACCACAAGCAAGAAAUUACCUGGAGUUGAGCAAUAUGAAAUAGUUUAUCCAAGGAAAUUGCACUCAGUACAUAAAAGAGAUGUAGAAAGAAACAAAGAGACAAAAUACGAUGACACAAUGGAGUAUGGAAUCAAAGCCAAUGGAGAGGAAGUCACACUGCACCUACAAAAAAAUAAGCACCUAUUAGCUAGAGACUAUACUGAAACAGUUUAUUCUGAUGACGGUCGACAAAUAACAAGAAGUCCCCAGAUCAAGGAUCACUGUUAUUAUGAAGGUUACAUUCAGAAUGAUGCUGAUUCCAUAGCAAGCAUCAGCGCUUGCACAGGUUUAAGAGGAUAUUUUGAGACCCGUGGUCAGAAGUAUCUUAUUGAACCCUUGGGAACUUCAGAUAGAGACAAACAUGCAGUCUAUAAGUAUGAGAAACUCGAACAAAAGUCCAUAAAAACCUGUGGUGUAAUCAAUAAUACCUGGGAAGCUGAUUCAAGUGACCCCAUCAAUGACAUCUUCAAAUCCAGCAACAGUCCAGAAAUGAAGGCAUACCUGAAAGCAAAAAAAUAUCUGGAAGUUUACAUAGUUGCAGACAACACUUUGUAUAAAAAGUAUGAGGAAGAUGUGAAAACUGUAAGACAAAGAAUAUUUGGAAUAGUCAAUUACAUCAACACGGUUUACAAGGCCAUAAAUAUCUAUGUGGCUUUAAUUGGCCUAGAAAUCUGGACAGAUGGUGAUAAAUGCCUCCUGAGUCGUGCUGCAGGAUUCACUCUGGACAGUUUCGCAAAGUGGCGUCUAUCAGAUUUAUUAAAGAGGAAAAGAAAUGACAAUGCUCAGCUAAUCACAGGCUAUGACUUUGAGGGGACAACGAUUGGAUUAGCCUUUCUAAAAUCCAUAUGCAGUGAUCUAUAUUCUGCAGGUAUUAUUCAGGAUCAUAAUAGAAACGAAAUUGCAGUUGCAGCUACCAUGGCACAUGAGAUGGGACACAACCUUGGCAUGAGUCAUGACACCGAAGCCUGCACAUGUAGUGCUAAAGUUUGUAUCAUGACAGAUACUGUCAGUUCUAUCAUCCCCAAGAAAUUCAGCUCUUGCAGCCUCCAAAGUUUCGAGAAAUACAUGUUGAGUGACAUGCCAAAAUGCUUAACAAACAUCCCAGAUAUAAACAGCAUCAUAGCACCUCCAUCCUGUGGAAAUGGCUUUGUGGAAAAAGGAGAGGAAUGCGACUGUGGUACUGCUGAGGAGUGCACGAAUGACUGCUGCGAGCCCGAGACGUGCAAACUGACGGCAGGUUCCACGUGUGCACACGGAGAGUGCUGUGAAAACUGCCAAUAUAAAAAAUCAGGAGCUAUUUGCCGAGCAGUUAAGCAUGACUGUGACUUGGCUGAGAUGUGCACCGGCUUUUCUGCAAAUUGCCCACCGGAUCGAUUCCGUGUGAACGGAUAUCCCUGCAACUACGGCAAAGGCUAUUGCUACAUGGGAAACUGUCCCACCCGAGAAAACCAAUGCAAAGCUGCUUUCGGACCACAGGCUACUGAAGGUGCAGCUUCCUGUUACCGGAUGAACGAGAAAGGGGUAUAUUACGGAUACUGCAGAAAAGAAAAAGGUAGUCACGUCCCGUGUGAAAAAAAAGAUAUAAUGUGCGGAAAGUUGUUCUGUACUGGGGGGAAAGAGAUGCCUCGGGACGGAAGCCUGGUGACUUUUGAGUCCUGCAAAGCAAGUUUUCCUAGAAAUGGAGAAGCAGACCACGGGAUGAUUCUUGAUGGAACAAAGUGCGGGAAUGGGAUGGUGUGCAGCAAUGGAGAAUGUGUUUAUGCUGAAGAUGUCUUUAGAUCAACUAACUGCUCUGCCAAGUGUACUGGACAUGCUGUAAGAUAUGAGCAUUUGAUGCUAUUAACUUAA